AUGAGUGGUGAUAGAAAUAAUCUCACAGAGUUAAUAGAUGUCGUCGGGUUAGAAAAUAAUAAUAAAAGUGAAUUAAUAUCGAAAUCGGGGAAGUGUAAUAAAGCUUAUGCGAAUGUUACCCCGAAAUUUGAAUGUGGAAAGCGCGUAAAAUUUAUUUUAAUAAAAAAAAAAAGUGGUCAAUUACUGUGCGCGGGUUCAAGCGGUCCAAGUUUGGUCCGCCGCCUACACCUCCCUAGCGGUAUGGUCCUUUGGGCCACUAUGCUUGUUCUCUACGGCGUAGGAUUUGUUGGUUCUAUGACAGGCGUGCCAGGCGUCCCGGAAAACGUAACAGUCAUGUUCCUCAGUCCGACAUCCGUCCGUGUAUCCUGGAGUACAAGCCAAGUAGAUCAGGUGGAAAAAUACGACGUGACAUACAAACCGACAGAUGCAAGGAUGGUGCGGUUGGUCGCAGGAAACAGCGAUGCAGUUACUCUGAACGACCUUCAAGCUGACACGCAAUACCAGUUGGUGAUUACUGCGGUGAGGGCCGGAAAAAAGUACAGAAGUCGGCCUAUUGUCUUCCGCACCCUGGAGCCACCUCGUACGUCUCCUCAGCAGGAUGCUAGUGUUACUGGAGGACCUCAAAUUCCUCCGCCACCUUCGUCGUCAAAUCCACAUCCAGCGCCUAUACAAGUACGUGCCGUCGAAAUAGGAAUAGUUAUGAUGGUACUACUAGUCUGGGCGGGUGCAAUAGCACUUUUUUUCAACCGAUGGGGCAAAAUACGCAUGCUGCUUCCUUAUCAGCCCGAUUACAAGGAACAGCUAAAAGUUCCGGGCACGGGGGCGAUUUGCAACCCCACAACAACUCCUUGCACCCAACACUCUUCACAACACGCCUGCUCUCAGCAUCUGCACUGGUCAAACCAUCACGUGGAUUCCCUGGACAGUGCCGGUGGGGGUGGAGGCGCCGCAGGAGGAGGUUCCAGCCAGGGUUGGCCCAGAUCCUCGAGACCUCGAGUUAACAGUGCAAUCGACGUCGCUGGAUUUUUAUCCCAGACGAACGGAAUUUGUAUGCUGAUACUUGUAAAUAUUUUGAAUUUCUUCUCUUACGAAUUAACAGUUACACCAGCGAUUAAAAGCUUAUUUCACCCUAACUCCGUUAUUUGUUUACUUACUGCUGGUGUACAAAAUUCGAUAAAUUAUCCCAUUCAAAAGUUAUUUAAGUACGAAAAUGAAGAAAUGGAAAUUUUUAUGAUUUUUCAUGAUUUUGAAAAUUUUGAAAUCAUGGCAUUUCUAAAUUACUUGACCGAUUAA